CAGUACUGACGUUUAAUCACAUACAAUCCUAAAUGAUUGGUUGAUUUAGCGGGAGGGGUUCCGUUAGGGCUAAUAGGGGUGUGUGUCGCAGGGUAAGAGUAUAGGAUCUGUUCAUAGUGGCUUUAGAUGUAAGAUCCUAGCCAGUUUUAGCGGACUAGUACAACUGAUGUGUUCGUUUCUGAUCAACGACUACUGCCUAAAAUGAGUUGUUGAAAAUAUGCUUGAUUGUGUAGCGCCACGGAAUUGGAUUAUUAUUAAAUGUGCUAUCUUAAUCCAUGGUGGCACAUAGCAGUAUCGCCAGUUAAACAUGUAUGUUUGUGGUGACAUUAACGUUAUAGAUUAGACAUGGCAUUGCUCCGUCUCGUUACUGCGUGUAUACAUACACUUGUGUGGGAACGCGUACAGUUUCGUGGAAACAUUGAAGUUAGUUUCUGUUUGUGUGAGGACUGAUGUAACGGUUGAGAGGGAGUGUCCUGGUGUCCAUAUAUGUACAUGAUUACCGAAAUACUUUACACAUUAAUGAUGGACAUGACGUAUAAUCAUUACAGAAAAUGACAUCUUAGAUGUAUGCCGCUUCGUGAUGCAAACGUCUAAGUAUGCGCGUAUCGGGAUACAUUUAUGAAUCUAGUUGAAUGCCGGGGACUGAGGAGCACAUGGGCGGUAGCGGUCUGGUGACUGAGACUCAUAAGAAGGUUAUAGUUCUGGUGACGGAUGAGCGUGAGGACGGCAGGGCUCUGGUGACGGAGGAGCGCGAGGACAACAGAGGAGGCUAGAGGCCUUGACGAAGGAGCGCGAGGACGGUAUAGUUCCGGUGACUGAGCAGCCUGAGGACGGUUUAGGCCUAGUGGCAGAGGAUCGGAAGAAGUAAGAGGCCUGGUGAUGGAGGAAUGUCCCAUAUGUAUGAACGAGUACAGAUCUCCUAAACUGUUAGAAUGCAAACAUACUCUCUGUUCUGUGUGUCUUAAAAAAAUCCACUCCUUGGCGAAAAAUCCUUCUAACAUUACGUGUCCGAUAUGUAGACAGGUAACAAAAUUGCCAAGGGAGAAAAAUGUUGAUUCUUUAUUAACAAACUUCUUCGUAUCAACGAUUAAUGUUUAUAUUUGCGAUUCGUGUGAUUCAAGGAGCGAAGUACCACUGAUUGAGUGCGAGUCUUGCUCUGUUUGCCUGUGCAAGCCGUGUUUUGAAAAUCACGGGAAAAGUAGCGACGACAAUAAUAAAUGCCGUAACUCUGACAACAUUGAUGAUUCUACUUUGUACCCAGAUGAUCCUACUAUGAGGGGAACAAUACAGUACCUGUUAAAUGGAUUCGUCCGCUCGUGCUACUGUGGGGAUUUGUGGGGCGAAUUUAGUGUCUCGGGGGCUUCACGUGUCACAAAAAUUUUACCAGUUUCUGCAUAUAGUGCCUGGGUGUUACUAGAUGAGGGAGCUGAUGUAUUCAAAUUCAACGACUCUGGACACGUAGAGGACAAACGUACCGUAGGACGUGGUAAAACACUGGACAUAUGCUGGAAUGAGAAGGAUGGCUUGCUCGCCAUCUGUCAAGGGUUUGCUUCUGUUAUGAGAUGUCUUCCAUCUGGACCUGAACCGUUCAUUGAUACUGGAAAUUAUCAUCCUACAUCGCUAUGUAACUAUAGGGACGACGGCAUUGUUGUCUGCGCUUUAGAUGUAGAAGAGGGCGUAAGUUAUGUAAUGAUAUACGACUCCCACCAGAACCUUGCCGAUAUCCGGUGGAUCAAUGAACGCUCGACGUUCAAACGAAUUAUUUCCGUUGCAUACAAUGAUUUGACUCAGCAGGUAUGUGUUGCCGAUGAGGAGCGGAACAUGGUAUACUUACUAGGAAACGACAGAAAGUGUGAAACUUACCGAAAAACCAUGGUUUUCCCAACGCGAGGCCGACCGACCGAGAUAGAACGACCGGACGGAUUCGCUCCCACUUCAGUCUGCUGCGACCACGACGGAACUAUAUUCGUACACGACUUUUCUUCCUCGUCUAUCCACGUGCUCAACGCCAAGGGAAAGUUGCUCGGGAUGGUGCUGGGCAGUGACGAGGAUCAUACGGGCGAUCCAUGGUGUAUUAACUUCGGCCCAGAUAAGAAGCUCUGGAUAGGCGACAUGUUUUCGGGACAUAUUAGAAUCUACAAUAUUGAAAAAGUAUUCAACCGUCUCCAUCACCGAUCUUCACGUCAACAGAGGUUAAUUCGUGUUGGAGGUGAAGAUGGCAUACACGACGCAUUUAGAGAGAUGCUGAGCAAUAGCGCCUCGAUAUUCUCAGGAAUCCAAAACGAAUCUGGAGAACUCUCUAUGGAGAAUAUGCACCAGCUGCUGUCUGCCAGUGAACAUGGCAGUGGACUACUGGGACAGCUAACACAUCAACGUAUGCUUCUUAGCGGCGACUCCAUUUGCAUGACGCGUGGACUAAAUGGGAUUGAAAUAUCGUCCUCACGGGAACCAGAAAACCCGGAGGCGAAUAGAAUGGUACGAAGAGCAUGUGCAAGUCAAGUUCUUGAAGACAGGGAGAUGCAGUCCCGAUUAGCUGCAGACGGUAUAAGCGUGGAUGAAGUGCUUCGAGCUUGUACAGAUGUGGAUGACUAGUAAUUUAUUGUAUCAUCAUUUUGCAAAACAUAUUGAUUUGAAAGAGACUUUUAAUAUCAUCUUCACAAAUCAGAGUUGUAAUUCUCCAUUGAGUCACUGGGUAUGCCAUACCUGGAUGUUUCUUAAGCUGUUUACACAUGUUAGUGUAUACAUGUAUAGUGUGGCUGCCUGAUGUUUGGAUAAAGUUCGCUAUAAAAAUAAUUUUCUGUCCCUGGUGAGAGAGGAGGAGGGUAGUCGACUAACAGCGUUACCAUUACGAUACCUUAUCUACUGGGUACACAUCUUGUGUAAAUGCUUGAUAAAUGUAGGGACUCCAAACCUGUAAAGGACUUGUCACGAUGACGGGUGUUCAAAUGAAACAUGGCAUGUUCUUAUUGAAUUAAAACUCUGUCGCAAUUCCUUGUCUAUAUAUACUAGUCAUACGUUUUGGGUCUUGCUUUGUUGCCCAACGGGCUGCCUUAUCAUGAACAUUUUAAUAUGAUUGAUCAGCAUUACAAUACUUCAUAGUUU